GGAGGGGUGUCCCGUCCGUCGGCAGGCACACAGACAGCAGGCAGCAGCUGCAGCGAGAGCACCCGGCGCCGUUAACUCUGCAUUAAAACAUUCAUAUUACGAUUUUUAGCUCCGAAACACACGGGACAGCAACACACACACAUCUAAAAUGGUAGACCGCGAGCAACUGGUGCAGAAAGCCAGGCUGGCCGAGCAGGCAGAGAGAUAUGAUGAUAUGGCAGCUGCCAUGAAAUCGGUCACAGAGCUGAACGAAGCGCUAUCCAAUGAGGAGAGGAACCUGCUCUCCGUGGCCUAUAAGAAUGUGGUCGGGGCGAGGCGUUCAUCUUGGCGCGUCAUCUCCAGCAUUGAGCAGAAGACGUCAUCUGACGGUAACGAGAAGAAGAUCGAGAUGGUGCGUGCCUACCGGGAAAAGAUCGAGAAGGAGCUGGAGGCCGUCUGCCAGGACGUGCUCAACCUCCUAGACAACUUCCUGAUCAAGAACUGCAACGAAACGCAGCACGAGAGCAAGGUGUUCUACCUGAAGAUGAAGGGCGACUACUACCGCUACCUGGCCGAGGUGGCCACGGGGGAGAAGAGAGCCUCGGUGGUGGAGUCCUCUGAGAAGUCCUACAGCGAGGCCCACGAGAUCAGCAAGGAGCACAUGCAGCCUACCCAUCCCAUCCGCCUGGGCCUGGCUCUCAACUACUCCGUCUUCUACUACGAGAUCCAGAACGCCCCUGAGCAGGCGUGCCACCUGGCCAAGACCGCCUUCGACGAUGCCAUCGCUGAGCUGGACACCCUCAACGAGGACUCCUACAAAGACUCCACUCUCAUCAUGCAGCUGCUACGAGACAACUUGACGCUGUGGACGAGCGACCAGCAGGACGACGAGGGAGGAGAGGGCAACAACUAAAGAGUCCAAAACCUCAUUCUGCCAAAACAACACAACACGCGCGCUCACAAAUGAUGACAAAAUAAUAAUAAUAGUUAAAAAGUUCUUAGAAAUAAAAAAAAGGGAGGGGGCGGGGGGCGGUGGAACAUCGGCGGCCAAUUUAACCGAUGGUACUAACGCGGCUGCUGUUCUUUAUUUUUCAACAAAUUAAAAGUGAAAAAAAAAAGUAGGAGGAGGGAAGACAAUUUUAGUUUGAGAAAUAACCUACGAUUAAAAAAACAAAAAAUAAAAGAAUGAAACCCCCUCCUUGGUAGCCUCUGCAGCAUUUGCCAAAAUACCACUUUAGAAGCAAGAGGUAUGUCAUUCAUCACAGUGUGACUAUUGGGUAACGAUACCUUCGCACUGGCAGAGACUGGUCUUAUCGCGCAAAUGAAGCUGAGCUGUCUUAUUGUAUUUGGUGAGGGGUGGAGCAUUCAGAAAUUGAGUUUCGAUGCUUGAGCAACAAGAUAAUUUAGAGUAACCUUGAAUGUCAAUGGCCUUGCUUAGUGAGAGAGAAAGACAGAGAGAGAAAGAGAGAGAGAGUGAGCGAGCAAGACGGGUUACAGAGAUGAAGACGGGCUUUUAGGGGUGUCGAACUUCAUCGCGUAAUUUCAAACGUACCGACAUCUUUAGUUGCACCACACUAUGAUCGUUGAGUGAAAAGCAGGUUGUCUCUGUUAUUGAAGAUAACAUAAAAAAAAUGUUUUUGUUUUGCUUUGUGUCAGGUUAUGUGUCCAGCUCAGUCAAACAGUCAUACUGUAACUAAAAAUACAAAUUCAUAAAGUAAACUUAGUGCAGCUUGUCCCUCUCAUGUGCUGAUGUGCUUUAUUAAAUAAAUUAACUGUUUUUGGACACCUAAUUCUUAUUGUCAGUAUUGUCGUUACUAUAACAACUUCUAUUGGCUCCUUAUGUUUGUAGGAAACGAUUUGAUUCACGGAAAUCGAGAUAGCAAAAUAAAAAGAAUGGAAAUUUUAAAAAAAAUGUGGUGAUUGAACAUUAUCAGCAAGUCAACCAUUACUCUCCAAUUAUGCUAUCUUCAUAACAAUCAGUAGGAUCUCUGAAACGGCACCUGGACCCACAGACUUGAUUAGUGAACUAAGUAUAAUUUGUGGACAGAGCACAUGCAAUGUUAAGUGGAAGCUCUAAAAGCAGAUUUGAGGUUUGUGGAUUUACUUUGUCUUCAGUUUCUUCUUGGUCAAGAAAUGCACUUGCCUAUUAUACUGUUUCUUCAGUGUAAGAUGAUAACUGCUCCAAUAUUCUCCAUAAUACAAUAUUGUGCAUGCUGGUGAUGUAUUUAUACAGUAGCUUCAAUUUAUUAACUUAUACUGUAGAUGUUAUGUAUUCAUAUGAACAUGGAAUUACUAGACCUUAAUCGGAUUAUUUUCUAUUUAUUUCUUUUUAUUGCGAUUGUUAGCUAGACCUUAUUUUAAUCUGUGUUUUCUUUACUCCAUUUGCUGAAGUACGCUAUACCAAAACAGUGAUUGUUAACAAUAAAUUGAUCUGUUACGGACA